AUGGUGCGCCAACCUAAGAAGCUGACGGACUGCCCGGAAAACCUCCGGGAGUCCAUCGACUGGCUGAUCCAGGUUAGGCAUGGGAAUGGUGGUCUUGAGGAGUUGUCAAAAGCUUUGAAACUGUUGAUCGAGCAGGCUAUUGAGAGAGCUAAAGAGAGUCUCGAAAAAAGGCGUAAUGAGCUAGAGUGUCCUUUCCAACAUAAGGGAUAUAAAUCUUAUUGUGAGUAUGUCGAUAAGACAAUUGAGCAGUUGGAAUCUGAAAAAUCAUCACAAUCCAAAGAUGACACUGAACGUAAUCGCCUUGAAAAUCAGAUUGCACGUUUCCAGGGUAAAAAGGAAUCUUGUAAAAGUUCCCAUAAAAUUGAUCCUAAGCGUACUGCAGAGAUUGAGAAGGAAAUUAGUCAGGAUUACGAGGUCGUUAACAAACUUCAAGGAUUUUUGGAAGAAUUGAAUAAAGUUUCCAAAUCGACAGACAAUAACAUUUUAACGCAAUUAUGUUCCGGCCUCGAGACCUUCCUCGGUUUCUCCCCAGCUUCCAAAGGCUACUCAGGUGAGGGAAUUGUGUACUCCGACCUUGACAGGCUCUGCGACGGGGUGAUGUCUUUCCUUCAUGGUGUUUUAAAUGAAGUUCAUACAAAUAAGAAUCUUGAGCCUUAUAAAAAGGCAUUAAAUGAAACUGUAACACUUUUAGAAACUCAUCGUAAUGAUGGCAAAACAGGUUUGCGUGAUGUGAUUGACCGUGUCAAGCAGGGGAUUGGUGAUUGGUUGGGGGAUGUGAAAUUAAAAAGUGAUAACGUUAAAAACCCAAUUGGCGAAUUGUUGAGUGAUAGUAAAAUUAAUAAUAUCCCCAAAUUAAUAGAGGAUAUUCGAGAUAUGGGGAAGAAAAAUUAUGAUGAAGUUUAUGUCUCGGAAAAUACAGGUGAGUUGCAUGAUUGGGUUCAAUCUGUUUCACGGUUAAUGGCGAAAACUCAAGACUCUCUAGACGCACUCAGCCAUAUUGACAAUAACCUUAAGACUAAUUUAGAACCUCACGUGAAUUUAGUCCACAAUGCUGUCGAAACGUUUAUGCGGAAUGAUGUUGGGGACUUCCAUAAUCUUAUUGAGCUUUUCGAGCAGGUGGAGAAUCAAUUUAACGGCUUGAAUAAGGUCGUCGCAGGUGGGCUAGAUGAACAAAGUGGUUUAAGGUAUCAGUUCAAGGAAGGGAUUGAUGGAAUCCAGAAGACAAUCAGGGACGAGCGUGUGGGUGAAUUGUUCCAAUCCAUAAAGAAAGCUAAGGGCACUUUGAUGGAGGCAAAGGUGGUUGCGGAUGCGUAUAUUGGCAAUUUCACAGCAUAUAGAAAAGCGCACAUCACCGAUAAAUUUGAUGCUCUUAUGCAAAAGGCUGACGUUUUAAAGGCGAAUGCCCAGGGCGCGUCUCUACAUGAUCAGAAAUGUCAACUUGAAAAGGAAUUAGAAUCGGUGACCAAUGCCGUUGAGGAGAUUGAAGCGGCGUACACCAAAAGGUUGUUAAAGGUCAAGGCGGAUGUCAUAAAGGAUGUGAAUGAAGCUUUGAAUGAAACACAUCAUGGUCUCGAUGCUUUGGAUGGGCAUAUUAAGACAGGGUUGCUAGAUAUUAGGAAUAAGAUUAAGAGUAGGUUAGUGUCGUUUGGUAAGAGUGUGCAACGUAAGAUUUUGGACGCCGCUGCAGAUGCGAAGCGUUAUAACAGCGACAACAACGCUCUAGCAGUUAUAUCACUUGGCAAUCAGCUGUCUACUGCUGGGUUGAAUGAGUUAGGGGAGUGGCUUAAAGCUAUUCCUGGCAGCAAGAAGGAGUUUGCCGAACCGCUGCAAGAUAUGCUCUAUCACUUAGAUCAGGCUAAAUCCACGGAUAAAAAUCCCGGCCACUUCGCAGAUCUACUCAGUACACUUCACAAUGCGCUGUCCUCCGCCAUCGACGCAGAACUGGAAAAUGUUAUCAAACAGCGUAAAAGUGAAAUAGAAUUCGGAGAUAACACAAUCAUGAAAGAGUAUUAUAGCGAGACUAAAAAUGGUGACGUGCCCGGUACGCUUAGAGGUUUUAUUUUGAAGAUUAAGAAUAAGGUAAAAAAUGACGGCUUCGACGAGGACGAAUCCGGUGCAGCGAAAUUCUAUCCUGUGAAAAUGAAUGGUUAUACGCACGAGGAUGCCAAGGUCGCCACUGACAACCAAGGCUCCAGGACUAAGUACGAUAAAGCCCUCGCGAAAGUCAAGUCCACAAUUGAUAAACUUGAGGAUCUUCCAAAAGCCAUUAAUACUGCUAAGGAGGAAGCAGAGAAACUUGCAGCUGUCUACGAAGAUAGAAUUAAAAAACUAGUUAAAACUAUUGGUGAUACGAUUGCAAUUGUUACGAGCGCUGAAGAACAGUUAACUGCAUUACUUGAUAAGCUUAGAGGUGCACUUAACGCAUUUGAAAAAACAUUCCUAGCCGCGAUCCAAGGGUUUGACGAUUAUUACAAGACUCAAUCCUCCGCCGCCAAAAUGCAGAUUAAAAACGAAGCUUUCCAGAAGUUUGCUUUAACUAAGAGUCGCCAGCUGGAAGGCUUGAAGGACUUGGUUAGCAAAGAGUUCGACAAUGUCAAAAGGGCCAUCAUGAGGGAUAGAUUAACGGGUAUAAAAGGUUUAAUGAAAUGGAUGUAUGGCAAGGAUGGUAAACAUAUAACUUCAAUCUCAACUGCUGGAAGCUCGACUACAGAACACGGAGACAAAGUAGCAGACAUAUCUCUCAAAUUUAAAAAUUACUCGACACAAAUUUUCGAUUACUUGACCAAGUAUCCCCCACAGAAUUUUGCAUCUCAACCAAGUGUCAUUGGAGAUUAUUCAAAGAACGUUUCGGAACUACAAUCCAAGGUCGAAGCCCUCCUCUCCCACCUGUCCGAGCAAAAACACUUCACCCACCAGGUCCCCGGAAUGCUCCAAAAACUCAAGACGUCCGUGCAAGCACUCCACUCCACAGCCUUCGCCAACCUCGCGUAUCCCGUGCUCGACGCUUUCCCUAAGAGCCUGGAGCGCUUCGUCGAGCAGCUGGAGAGGGGGUACGUGAAUAGGUAUGAGGGGGGUGAGGAAAUAUUAUUGUAUAACUACUUGAGUAAUAAAAUAACUCCGGAAGGCGAAAAGUGCGCGAAGAUAUUUUUGACCUUACUGGAGACGGUGAAUUAUGAUUUACGGGAUUUACUCAGUGGACAUGAUUCGCAUGAAGCGUUGCAGAUUUAUCUAAAGGGAGAGAAUAGACUUGGUCGCUGGUUUAAGGGACGGGGCUUCAAAGUCUCCGAUGAUGACAAGACGCAGAAUGGGGAGUUAGACCGCAAGAAGACAGGAGGAAAUAUUCGUGAGUUUCUUGUCAAAGAUGACGGGAAACACGUCUACAGGAAGGACACCGGUAAAACCGAUACUGGCCCACUCAGGCGACUUGUAGGCCCCCUUAGAGACUAUUAUCGUGUGUGUCAUUAUGAAAUUCCUCCAAAACCCAGAGCGCCGAGCAGCGUGAAAGAUAUGCUUCAAUGGCUCCUCGGGUUAUACUUUAACCCGAUUUAUAAUCAACUUGGUGAGUACUUCAAGGAACUGUUCGAAAAGCCUAAACAUCAUGAAGAUAAAAAAUAUUCCGAAAUUGAUGAAAGCCAACUUAGCCUGGUUGCCACCACAACAAUUAGGCCUAAGGAACUCAAAGACAUACUUCGGGACGUCUGUCUGCACUCUGAAAAUACAUUGAUCGCAAUCCUCGGCCGCGGCCAUGAAAAUGGCAGAUACGCCGUUGACUUUUAUACAAACGCAGACAAACUAGACUAUCCUAGUAGCCCAUCCGUCUGUUUUGACUUGCUUGUAGACAUAUUAUUUAGAGUGUAUCACCAACUCCAUUUCGUGUUUAGCCAGUGUCAGAAUGGCACUAGUCGUGGCGGCUGGUCCGACUGCUACUACGGUCGUGGUGUUGGUGGCUCCGAUUGGAAUUGCAACACUAUGCAAUGCCCCAACCAAUCAGGAGACCAAAAGCAUAAGCAAAAGUGCGACCAAAACUGUAACCAAAAUGCUAAGUGCGGCCUCAAGUCACCGCUCCAGUCAUUCCUUGAAGACGGACUCCCUGGGUUCUUACCACACUCAUUCAAAUCGCCAGGUUGCAAACUGGAAUGUACUUUAGCCAACCACAGAGGCAUUCCAUGUCUCACUCCCAUGGGUUUCUCCGACAUUAGCGCUACCGCCUCUCAAACAAAUAAAGGUGAACAUCUCUGGAAGGUUCUUUACAAAUUCUGCGGUCCAGAUUCAUACCUCCGUAAACUGUGUUGUCAGCUCAAUUGCCUCCUUCGUCGACCGCCGCAGACCCUGGGUGAUAUGCUAGCGUUCUACCAUAGUUACCUUUCCACCUGGAGUGGUGGUAGUAAAGACCAUAAGAGCGUUGCGUUCAAUCAAGCCGUGAGCGACGCCAACUUUGGGGAUGACGCAACAAAGUUGGAAGUUGUGUCCAUACAAGGCAGCAAGUCUCACACUGCUAAACAUUCCCAAGGUGACCUGUUUAGCAUUAUAUUAUGUGACCCUAAGACAAAUUCCGGCCUACCAUGCGGAUCGUAUUUGCAGUCAAUCAGCGAAUACAUCAGGUUGAUAUAUUCUAAGGAGCACGCUAGUAAUUACCUGUCGUGGGUUGUAUAUAUUACUGAGACGUUCUAUGAUUUGCUUAAGAAAUUGUAUGACGACUGCUGUGAAAAGUGCAACAAGCCGUCUCCUAAGUGUAAUGGUUCCAGAUGCGCUAAUCACUGUCAGGUGAAAUCAUAUUAUGACUCUCAAACAACGGAUGGCGAAAAGGCCAAAUCAUCAUCAGCAUCCGGGCAAGUUAAACACUCAAAAUUAUGCAAUUCCAUCCUCAACUGCAAAAACACACAUUCGAUCAUAUACACUGCUGGUUUUACCUUCGGGAGCCCAGACAAACUAAGCGGUGAAACAGAUAGAGCCACGAAGCGUACAUGUGACGAUUUUUGCAAGACACUGGGAUUUGUUGUAAAGGAUGGUAGCGUACUAUAUGACUUAGUACAUAAGCAUAUUCCAGGAUUCCUGUGGGACAUAAGGUUCAAAUUCUUCUACACCCUGCUCGCCCUCUGGUCGCUCUCGCUCCUCUACCUGCUGCACAUCACCGUCGUCCGCCUCGACGUCCUCCGCAUCCGCUCCCACCUGCGCUCGCCCUCGUCGCACCGGAUCGCCGCCCAGUCACUACUCGCCGCUGCACGUGUUGGAAAACUCAGCAAAAUAUCGUAUCUGCAGGCGUAA